AUGCCACUCACAGACAUGUAUACCACACACAGCUCACCAGUCGUCGGCAUCCCACUCACACCGCCCUCAUCACCAAGUCUAUCUUCAAGACAGUCGGCCGUCGUCAAACCCCCUCUCAUCUGGCGAUUGUCGAGUUUGGACAGCCUUCUCGAAUACAAAGAAGCUUUGAAGCAAGAGAAAGAGACUGGUACAUCAGUGACCACCAUGGAAGUCACAACAUAUGACGAUGCAUCGUCCAAUACCACAAAAGAUCAACCGUUUCGAUCGGCCACUGCUGAAUGGUCGUUCAUCGCAUCUAUGGCGUUGACACAACUCAUCGCGGAAUACAUGAUUUCGGGUUUUGCAGUAGUGCUUCCAACAGUACUGACAAAACUCUCGAACGGAGACACAUCGGACUUCUGGCCUGCCACGGUUCUGUCGCUGCUGCUUGGCUCAACGCUGUGCUUUACUGCACGCCUCUCCGACAAAUACGGCGGAUAUCCCGUCUUCAUGCUUGCUGUACUCUGGUUCUGCCUCUGGUCGGUGAUCGCUGGCUUCAGUAAGUCGCUGGUGCUCAUGGAAGUAUGUCGAGCUAUGCAAGGGUUGGCCAUCGCUGCCUACACACCGAGCAGCUUUGCAUUGUUCGGUGCCAUCUACCCCAAAGGUCCUCGCAGAAACACCGUCUUGAGUAUCUAUGCGGCGUGUUCGCCUGUUGGGUUCUUCCUUGGCAUAAUGGUCGCUGCUCUGCUGCCAGUUGAGCAAUGGAGAUGGUGGUUCUGGAUUGCGGCAAUCAUGGCGUUUAUGGCUUUCGUUGCUGCUUACGUUUCUGUGCCGUCAGACCGUCCGGAAAGGCACGAACUCAACCUCAGCAUGGAUUGGACUGGUGCUGCCACUAUCACUUCUGGUCUGAUUCUUGUCGCAUAUGCCCUGGCUGCUAGUUCUGAUUCGCCAAAGACGUGGUCAACUGCAGGUGUGCUGGCUCCUUUCAUCAUCGGCCUUGUUUGUCUGGUAGUCGCACUCUACAUCGAAGGCUGGCUUCCGACAUCCUCCAAGCGCUGGCAAGCAACAUGUCCUUUGCUGCCAAAGCAGUUCUUUGCACCAAAGUCCGUCACACCACUCAUGAUCGCAUGUGUGUUCUUCUACGGCAGCUUUGGCUCUUGGCUCUUCACCACCACCGGCCACCUCAACCUCGCAUACAACGUCAGCGGAGUCAAAUUAGCAGCAUGGUUCGUGCCCAUCGCCAUCAGUGGCUGUAUCUGCGGUCUCGUCACCGGCAGAAUCCUACACCGUGUCCCUCCCAUCUGGACUCUACUCGUGUCCGGCAUGGCGUGGAUGGCAGCACCUCUGCUUCUUGCUUUCGGCAAUGCUUCUCAGGGCUACUGGCCGUUCGUCUUCCCAGCUAUGAUUUGCUCGACCAUUGGCAUUGAUGUAACCUACAGCUUUGCAAACCUCGUGUUGUCCAGUUGUUCGCCGCUCCAGUGGCAAGCACUUGCUGGUGCUGUAAACAGCACUACUGUCAACCUUGGUAUGGGUUUUGCUCUGGCGAUUACACAGGUCAUCCAGACUGCGACUGAAGGACAAGAUCCUAGUCUUGAGACUAGUGCUGCAGUGGGUUUUGCAAUCGUGGCUGCUUGUGUUAGGGUGCCUAGAGCUUGUUUGCAGUCUGAAGAGGACGAGGAUGAAAAAGUUGGAGAUGUGGAGGGUUGA